ACCAACAGGAGGAAGCCCGGAGCGCCCGACCCUGUCAGCCAUGAGUGAGCGCAAGUGUCCUGUGGGGCUGAAGUCCUCCGUGGUGGCCCCGGCCAAGGAGCCCAACGCCAUGGGGCCCCGGGAGGUGGAGCUCGUCCUGGUCAAGGAGCAGAACGGGGUGCAGCUCACCAACUCCACCCUCAUCAGUGCACCCCACAGCCCCGUGGAGGCCCACGAGCGCGAGACCUGGGGCAAGAAGAUUGACUUCCUGCUGUCUGUGAUCGGCUUUGCCGUGGACCUCGCCAACGUCUGGCGGUUUCCCUACUUGUGCUACAAGAACGGCGGGGGAGCCUUCCUGGUACCCUACCUGCUCUUCAUGGUGAUCGCCGGGAUGCCCCUGUUCUACAUGGAGCUGGCCCUGGGGCAGUUCAACAGGGAGGGGGCCGCUGGCGUCUGGAAGAUCUGCCCCAUCCUGAAGGGGGUGGGCUUCACGGUCAUCCUCAUCUCGCUCUACGUGGGCUUCUUCUACAACGUCAUCAUCGCCUGGGCACUGCACUACCUCUUCUCCUCCUUCUCCGUGGAGCUGCCCUGGACCCACUGCAACAACACCUGGAACAGCCCCAACUGCUCCGAUGCCCCCUCAGGCAACGCCAGUGACGGUGCCAGCCUCAACAGCACCUUUGGGACCACACCUGCAGCUGAGUACUUCGAGCGUGGAGUGCUGCACCUGCACCUGAGCCGCGGCAUCGACGACCUGGGCCCGCCACGCUGGCAGCUCACGGCCUGCCUGGUGCUGGUCAUCGUGCUGCUCUACUUCAGCCUGUGGAAGGGCGUGAAGACCUCGGGCAAGGUCGUGUGGAUCACAGCCACCAUGCCCUACGUGGUCCUCACCGCCCUGCUCCUGCGCGGGCUCACCCUCCCGGGGGCCAUCGAUGGCAUCCGGGCCUACCUGAGUGUGGACUUCUACCGGCUCUGCGAGGCCUCAGUGUGGAUUGAUGCUGCCACCCAGGUGUGCUUCUCCCUGGGUGUGGGGUUUGGGGUGCUGAUCGCUUUCUCCAGCUACAACAAGUUCACCAACAACUGCUAUCGAGAUGCGAUCCUCACCACCUCCAUCAACUCCCUGACCAGCUUCUCCUCGGGCUUCGUGGUCUUCUCCUUCCUGGGGUACAUGGCCCAGAAGCACAGCGUGCCCAUCGGGGAAGUGGCCAAGGAUGGCCCGGGGCUGAUCUUCAUCAUCUACCCCGAGGCGAUCGCCACACUCCCGCUGUCCUCGGCCUGGGCGGUGGUCUUCUUCAUCAUGCUGCUCACCCUGGGGCUCGACAGCGCUAUGGGCGGCAUGGAGUCUGUGAUCACGGGCCUCAUCGACGAGUUCCAGCUGCUGCACCGGCACCGGGAGCUCUUCACGCUGUGCAUCGUGCUGGGCACCUUCCUGCUGUCGCUCUUCUGCGUCACCAACGGGGGCAUCUACGUCUUCACACUGCUGGACCACUUUGCAGCCGGCACGUCCAUUCUCUUUGGGGUGCUCAUUGAGGCCAUUGGGGUGGCCUGGUUCUACGGUGUCCGGCAGUUCAGCGAGGACAUCAAGCAGAUGACGGGGCGGCGGCCCAGCCUGUACUGGCGGCUGUGCUGGAAGCUGGUCAGCCCCUGCUUCCUGCUGUUUGUGGUCGUGGUCAGCAUCGUGACCUUCAGGCCGCCCCACUACGGCGCCUACGUCUUCCCCGCCUGGGCCAACGCGCUGGGCUGGGCAGUCGCUGCCUCCUCCAUGGCCAUGGUGCCCAUCUACGCAGCCUACAAGUUCUGCAGCCUCCCGGGCUCCUUCCGAGAGAAACUGGCCCAGGCCAUCACACCUGAGAAGGACCGUGAGCUCGUGAACCGCGGGGAGGUGCGCCAGUUCACGCUGCGCCACUGGCUUCUGGUGUAGUGCAGCAGCAACCUGGCCAGCCGGGCAGGUCCUCGCCAGGGAGAGGCGCUCGGAGAAAGAGGGCUGUGUCCACCCUGGAACCUCGGCUGCACGGACAAACACCCGGGGCAGGCUCGCUGUGUCCCGUGUCUCAUGAGAACCACACCGACCCACGCAGUGAGGCUGACCGGUCGCUGUCGCGCCUGGCCAGCCACCCUGUGGUUCACGUGGCCUGCGUCGCAGGAGGACUUGGCAACUGUACAUACUCUGUACGAGUCCCUGCGCCCACAGGGGCCGCCCGACCACUUGUGUUGCUCAGAUUUAAAAGCCAGGUCCCCUGCUGUGUCUGAGCAGACAGAGACAGAAGGGAAGAGCGAAUCCGUGGUCUUUUUCCUGGCGCCAGGCUGCAAGCAGGGGGUGACCAGAGGGUGCCACUCACCUGUUGCAUAUGUGGGCUCCACCCAGGGCCACGGAGGAUCAGGGCUGGUGCAUGACGGACACUCUACUCCCUCGCAGCUGAGAGACCCAGCUCAGGCUGCGGCCAUUCCUGCCCUCGGAGUGCUGGUCAGCUCACCCGUGGCCCCGCUGUGUACUUGGCCAGAGAGCAUACCCACCCAAGGGCACCUGAGUGCACACAGCCCACAGUCUGCCAGCCUGGGGCUGUGACCCGUGGGGGUCUCAGGCACACGUGACAUCUUGGGACACUUCACCUGCUAGGAACUGGCAUUUUAAAUCCUAUUUAUCUGUGUCAAAACAAAUUCUCAAAAUACAUGUUUGAUUGUUUGCUGAUGUUCUGGGAUUGUUUACAAGAAUAAUUAGCAAUACCCAUGAAGACUGUGGCCGAGAUCUGCCUGCCUCUGCCGUCCUCUCGUAGCACGCUGGCCUCCCCAGGGGACAGCAGGGCCUGGCUCGUGAGGCGGAGCAACCUCCCUGUUCUGCCAGUGUCACAGAGCCAUGCGGCCCUUGCGCUGCCCAGAGAGGUGGCUGCCACGCAGGAAGGGCACUCGACCCACAAGCAGGUGGACGGGGUGGGGAACCCGCCUGCCGCCUGUACGUGGUGAGGUUGUUUGCAGUCUCGGCUCAGAGGAACCAGGUUCGCCGUCUCCUGCCUGAGGAGCAGCUCCGUGUAGAAACCAGGUGUCGUCAGCCUCUGUCUCUGUCUUGUAUUCAGUAUCAUGUGUGAACAAUAAACGAAGUCCGUG